AUGAACCAGCAAAGGACUCGCCCUAUCCAAAAGUUUGCCAAAGCAGUCUCACAAUGCUCUGUAGAGGCCACGUCUUAUGGCAAAUGCAUUGUUGCUGACUAUAACGCUGUACACAAAGACAAGUGUGUUAAGGAGUUUAUGAGGCUUAAAGACUGUUAUUUGGCAGCAUCAAAGAAAUCAUAG